AUGGUGAGGCUAUUAGGAUUAACUCGCGGAGAAUCAGAUGAUUCUCCGCGAGAGAUUACCUCGAGGAUGACUCCUUUAACUAGUGAGUCAGGUGAGAGUGGGUGGUUAAUUAGAUUCUUUGAUUCAGCUUUCUUUUGCGAGUGGAUUGCAGUUAGUUAUCUAUACAAGCACGAUCAUGCUGGGGUAAGGGAUUAUCUUUGUAAUAGAAUGUAUACAUUGCCCUUAUCAGGUAUAGAGAGUUAUUUGUUUCAAAUUUGUUAUAUGAUGAUACAUAAGCCGAGUCCGUCGCUUGAUAAGUUUGUUAUUGAUAUGUGUUCUAAGUCGCUGUUAAUAGCUUUGAAAGUGCAUUGGUUUUUGUUGGCUGAACUUGAGGAUUCGGAUGAUAAUGAUGGGAUUAGUAGGAUUCAGGAGAAAUGUCAGAUUGCUGCUACUUUGAUGGGAGAGUGGCCCCCAUUGUUAAGGCCACGGAAUGAGUCUUCGAGUCCAGGGAGUAAGAAUCAGGUUUUGAAUAGAAUCUUGUCGUCGAAACAGAAGUUGUUGUCAUUGACUUCUUCUCCACCUCUGCAGAAGUCUAUGUCGUUUUCACCCUCAUUGGGAAAUGGUUUGCAGGAGGAUGGGACUGGGAGCCAGUUGUCACCAGAUGAUAAUAAGAUUUUUAAGAAGUUUAUUCCUGGUCCGAAGGUUAGAGAUGCAUUGUUGUUUAGGAAGUCAGUUGAUAAAGAUGAUAUGAAAGCUAGAGAUGCUUUGUUGUUUAGGAAGUCAGUUGAUAAAGACGAGGAAGAGAGUGAAAAGGAUGGAUUUUUCAAGAGACUUUUGAGGGAUAGUAGUAGACGCGAGGAUGAGGAGUUGGCAACAAGUUCAGAUGGGUUUUUCAAGAGGCUUAGAGAUAGCAUUAAAAGCGAGGAUGAGGAGUUGACGUCCAGCUCAGAUGGGUUUUUCAAGAGGCUUCUCAAGGAUAGUAGUAGAGGUGAGGAUGAGGAAGUAAUGUCAAGCUCUGAUGGAUUUUUCAAGAAACUGUUUCGUGAUAGUAAGAGUGAUGGUGAUGACAAGUUGUUUUCUAAAUCUGCAGAAGACGAUGAAAAAGAGGGGUUCUUUAAGAAGUUUUUUAAGGAGAAGUUUGAAGACAAGAAAGACGGAAAUGAUCAGAAUGAGGAUGAAGAAAGGUUGAAGCUUGAAGAGAGAGGUUCAAAAUCUGCACAGGAUGAUGAAAAAGAUGGGUUCUUCCGGAAGUUGUUCAAGGAUAAGUUUGAGGACAAGAAAGAUGGGACUGAUAAAUCUGACGAGGGGAUUGCCAAUAAUGAGGAAGAAGAACCUUCUGACUUUUCCUUGUUUCGAAGACUGUUUCGUGUGCAUCCUGAAGAGGUCAAAAGUUCUCCUACGAAUGAAAAUAACAAUAGUGGUAGCUUGUUGGAAAGCAGCCCGGGUACUGAGAAUUUUUUUCGCAAACUGUUCAGAGAUCGUGAGCGCUCAGUUGAAGACUCUGAGUUAUUUAGUUUCAAGAAGAACAAAGAGUUUGUUCUGUUUUGUUCUGUUUUGUUCUGUUCAUCUGGUUAUGUGAGUUGUAAAUGUGAGAGGCUCCAGAGCAGCAGUGCUGGAUCUCAUAUCAUUUCUUAUCACAAUCCAUACCUUAGGUGGGAGUCAGGAAAUCUCUUUCAGAACAGUGAUGCUACAUUCAAGGGGAGAAAGAACAUAGUUAAGCAUCCUGGAUCACCAAAGCAACAGAAUGAGAAGUUAAACACAAAGCCCCCACUUCCAAAUAACACUGCAUCACAGUUCCGGAAGGGGGCUUAUCAUGAGUCAUUGGACUUUGUGAUGACGUUGUGUGAGACUUCAUAUGGUUUGGUGGAUGUAUUUCCAGUUGAAGAUCGUAAAAGUGCUCUUUGUGAGUCACUUGCAGAGAUCAACAUGCAUUUAGCUGAGGCUCAAAACAGUGGAGGAGUUUGCUUUCCAAUGGGAAAGGGGAUGUAUCGUGUUGUUCAUAUACCUGAAGAUGAAGCUGUUCUCUUGAAUUCUAGGGAAAAGGCACCUUAUCUGAUUUGUGUUGAAGUGUUGAAAAGUGAAAUGCCAAGCAAUAGCAAGGAUACAUCUGGUGCUCAAAAGCUUUCCAGAGGAGGAAUUCCUCUUGCAAAUGGAGAUGCAUUCUUGCCGAAGCCGCCUCCUUGGGCUUAUCCCUUGUGGACUGCCCAGGAAGUUUAUCGAAAUAGUAGUGAUAGGAUGUCUCAAUCAACUGCUGAGGCGAUUGAUCAGGCAAUGUCCCAUGCUUCAGAAACGAAAAUGAAAUUUGUUAAUGUGAGUCUUUCUGUGGAGAAGCAAUUGCCUAACCAGUCAUCUAUCAUUGAAGCACGUAAAUUGAACUCUGGCAUCAAUUGUGUGCAUCAAAAUGCUGCACAUUGUAGUGAUUUGGAAUGGGUAAGGGUAGUGCUGACAGCAGAUCCUGGAGUUAGAAUGGAAGAUGUAGGGGGUGAAGGGGUGCCUCGACGCAAGGAGCAUCGUCGUGUUCCUAGUACAAUUGCCAUGGAAGAAGUAAAGGCUGCUGCAGCCAAAGGGGAAGCACCUCCAGGACUCCCUCUGAAAGGAGCUGGUCAAGAUUCAUCAGAUGCACAACCAAAGGUUAAUGGUGGCGGUCCCAAGGCCAGUGAUGCCUUAUCUGGUGAACUCUGGGAUGUCAAGAGAGAGAGAAUACGUAAAGCUUCAGUGUAUGGGAAAUUACCCGGUUGGGACCUGCGCUCUGUUAUUGUGAAGAGUGGUGAUGAUUGUAGGCAGGAGCAUCUUGCUGUGCAACUCAUUUCUCACUUCUAUGGUAGGUGCCUGCAGAUUGUGUUGCAGUCAUCAUGGCUAACAUAUUCAGCAGUUGUUGUCUGA